CGCCAUUUGUAAAAGGGCCAUUACUUCUUGCAUCAGCGUGUGUGGACCACACUCACCCGGCAAAGUUACUACCAGCCGCUACUUGUCUUGUUUUUAAGAAAAAUAGUGCCACUGUUAAAACAAGUCCUCAAUCAUAACAUAGCGGAAUAACGUUAGCUAUCAACGGUCAGAUGAAGCUCUUCGUCAGUGAAGGCAACCCGCACUGCCUGAAGGUGUUAGCUGCGUUAGAAGUGACUGGAGUUCAGUGUGACGUCCAGUAUGUCAACCACGAAGAGAGAGUGGUGCCCUUCCUUAGCCGUCCAGCCUUGCCAGCCCUGCUCCUGCCUAGUGGACUGCACCUUUUCAGCUCCAAUACAAUCUGCCGAUACCUGUUUGAAAUAAGUGGACAAGACUCCAGUGAGCGUUGCAAUCAGUGGCUUGAAUGGGAGGCCACAGAUCUUCAGCCUGCGCUGCUACAGGCCCUUCACAUGGCAGUGCUGCAUGGGAAAGGAUCAGAGGUGUCCGAGGUCCUCCAGCGUCCCCUAAACUACUUGGAGCAAAGCUUGAGCAAGGGGAACACGCCAUAUUUAACUGGGGAAGCAGUUUCAGUUGCUGAUGUUGUUUUGUGGGCUGCGCUGUAUCCUGUUUUAUCUGACUCUUCACUAGCUUGCGAACACACGUCAGUGAAGGCUUGGUUCGACCGUGGGGCUGUUCUGCACAGCUGCGAGUCUGCUGCUCAGAAAGUGCUGCAGGGAAAAGGCCUGCAGGGCAUGAAGAGCUACAUGCAGAGGCAGCCUGCCCCUCAGAGCAGCCAAAGCAGAGACACACAGCCACGCAACAGCAACCCUGCUGAGGGUGUGGAAGAUGAGCGUGCGGUUUCAGAAGAGGAAAUGGAGGCAGCUGCUCUCACCUGGAGUAAAGGCUUGAACUCCUGCCCAUUGGCUACAGACAGACAGCACCCCAUUCUGCCACACGAGGGCAAGCGAAACCUCCUUGUAACCAGUGCCUUGCCUUAUGUCAACAACGUCCCCCACCUGGGCAACAUCAUUGGCUGCGUCCUAAGCGCUGAUGUCUUCAGCAGGUAUGGCCGUCUGCGAGGCUGGAACAUGCUGUUCAUAUGUGGCACAGAUGAAUAUGGCACAGCUACAGAGAACAAGGCCAGAGAGGAGGGAAUGACACCACAGCAGAUCUGCGACAAGUACCAUGCCAUUCACUCCAGCAUCUACAAAUGGUUCCAGAUUGACUUUGACUUUUUUGGCAGAACCACCACCAAGAAGCAGACGGAGAUUGCCCAGGAUAUUUUCUGGAGACUCCACAAGCACGGUUUCCUAAUGGAAGACACGGUGGAGCAGUUGCGUUGUGAAAACUGCCAGCGCUUUCUGGCCGACCGCUUCGUAGAAGGCAUCUGUCCUCACUGCAGCUACCCAGAAGCUCGUGGUGACCAGUGUGACAAGUGCGGGCGGCUCAUCAAUGCUGUGGAGCUCAGGGAACCCCAGUGUAAGGUCUGCAGGCAGACUCCAGUCGUCCGCUCCUCCAAACAUCUUUUCUUGGACCUGCCAAAGCUAGAGCCUCAGUUGGAACAGUGGCUGGAAAAGUCAACCAGCACAGGAGACUGGACAGCAAAUGCCAAACAGAUCGCACGCUCCUGGCUGAGAGAUGGACUCAAACCUCGCUGCAUCACCAGGGACCUGCGGUGGGGAACGCCAGUGCCUCAUCCUGACUUUAAAGAAAAGGUGUUCUACGUGUGGUUUGACGCCCCCAUUGGUUAUCUGUCCAUUACAGCCAACUACACCGACAAAUGGGAAAAGUGGUGGAAGAAUCCUCAUCAGGUGGAGCUGUACAACUUCAUGGCCAAAGACAAUGUGCCCUUCCACAGUGUGGUGUUUCCCUGCUCCCUACUGGGAGCUCAGGACAACUACACUCUGGUCAGCCACCUUAUUGCCACUGAGUAUCUGAAUUACGAGGACACUAAGUUCUCUAAGAGCCGUGGUGUGGGUGUGUUUGGAGACAUGGCCAAGGACACGGGCAUCCCGUCGGAUGUGUGGCGGUUCUACCUCCUGUACGUGCGUCCGGAGGGACAGGAUUCAGCUUUCUCCUGGGCUGACAUGGCUCUGAAGAACAACUCUGAGCUGCUCAACAACUUGGGCAACUUCAUCAACAGAGCUGGCAUGUUUGUCACUAAGUUCUUUGAGGGCUGUGUGCCUGCGAUGGAGCUACAGCAGGAAGAUAAGAGGCUCCUGGCUCUGGUGGGCUGGGAGCUGCAGCAGUACAUCCAGCUCAUGGACAAAGUCAAAAUCCGCGAAGCUCUGAGACACAUCCUCAACAUCUCUCGCCAUGGCAACCAGUACAUCCAGGUCAACGAACCCUGGAAGAAGAUCAAGGGAGGAGACACAGAAAGCCAGCGUGCGGGCACAGUCACCGGAGUGUCUGUGAAUAUCGCCUGCUUGCUGUCAGUGAUGCUGCUGCCAUACAUGCCAGCGGUCAGCCAAACCAUCCGAGAUCAACUCAAUGCCCCUCAGUCUUGCGUCAAUACCAUGUUGCGAGGCACUGGCACCUUUGUAUGUUCCCUGAGUGCCGGCCACCGCAUCGGCACUGUCAGUCCGUUGUUCCAGAAACUGGAGGUGGACCAGAUUGAGGCUUUGAAGAAGAGAUUCGGUGGACAGCAGACGACAGCUCAGAGAGCUAGCAGCUCUCAGCCUGCUGCCGCUGCCGAGGUGGCGACAGUGAACGGAGUGGACCCGGAAAAAGCCAAGCAGCUCACACAGGCUGUGACUGAGCAGGGGGAGAAGGUGCGAACACUUAAAGCCCAGAAGGUGGAGAAGGCCGUGAUCACAGCAGAGGUGGCCAAACUGUUGGACCUUAAAAAACAGCUGGCUCUGGCUGAGGGGAAGAGCUCUGAGCCUGCACCUCAGAAGGGCAAGAGGAAGUGAGACAAAAAAAGGGAGCACAAAAUGAUGGAGGUUAGUGAGAGGAAGGGAAGAGUAGAAUGGUUUGAGGUAUGAUUGUGGAGAAUGGGAACAAGAUGUACACUAAGAGAGAGAUGAGGGUAUUAGCUCAAGGCAAAGCCGUGACAGGAUCUGAGACAAUGUGGUAUUGGCACCGAGGACUAAUGAAAUGCUGGAUAGGCCGACGGGGAAAUAAAAACACACAAAGAGGGAGUCAAAUGAAUACAGCUACAGAAUGGGGGAUUUUUUCCAAAUCCCUACACCAAAAGAAACUGAUUUUAUACUCUCCCUGUGAUAAAGUCAGCGUUAGGAGGGUGUGUUGCGCAUUUAAAGAUGUUUUUUAUGUCCUCUGGAAAAUUGUAUUAUUCCAUUUGCCACAAAUACCUUUUUUAUGAUCCAGAAAAUAAAUUGAUUAAGUUCAGCUAAAAAUGGUCUUUACUCUCCCCCUUUCUAAUUACCUCUAGUUUACACAAACAAAAACUAUUCAUACACAGAACAUUAAAAAGCCAAACAAAUAAACAAUACAUGACACAAAAAAAACUACACAUUUUUUCUUUCAUUGCAAAUUUGAGAUUACGAUGGAUAAAACAAAUGGUAUGGUAAAAUACAUGUAUUUGAUGCCCUUAAUGAUAAAAGCCAUGCAUAUUAUUGUACAAUUAACAAGGCAAGUGACUGCAAUGAGAACAUAACUGGAUAUGUUGGCAUUUUACAGUACAAACCAAUACAGUAUUGUGUAUAUAGAUAUAUUACAGCGUUAUAUAAAAAUAGUAAAUCAGAGUAAAACAAUGUGUGGUAAUUCUUCCACAUAUUCCCAUAUUGAUAGAAUUGAUAGAAAAGGUCAGCUUCGAAAGUAUAGCCGGGUCCUACUUACUGUAUCUAAAAUACACAUACACACAAUAGCCAUGGGUUAUAAAAAGUAAGAAAGAUUAUGAAUUCUUUCCCAAAAAAAACA